AUGGAGCUGGAACUUAGCCCAAACGAUAACGAACAGUCAUCAACAUCUGAAGCUCGUCAAAAACGCUCUCGUAUCCUCCUUUCAUGCGCGCCCUGCCGCAAUUCAAAGCUCAAAUGCGACAGAGAGCAACCAUGCAGCCAAUGUGACAAAAAGGGUCGCGCUUCGCAGUGCACUUAUGCUCCCAAGCCUGAGAGGAAGCGGCCAGCCAAGGGCAUGUCUGCGAGGUUAAAGCGGCUUGAAGGCGUGGUGCGGGAGAUGAUGGACUCUGAAGGCACACUUCAGACAGAAGUACCCAUUUCAGUAAAUAGCUCACGAGUCACCAAUGGAGUUACUGGUCCUGAAGUACAAGGCCAAGUGGUGGGAGGCGACAAGACGACAACGUAUGUUGGAGCGACACAUUGUAUGGCUAUGCUGGAAGAUAUUGAAGACUUGAAGAGUUAUUUUGACCAGCCCGAUGAAACUGAGGAAGAUCAAAUUCUGGCAGACGAGAUCGACCCUAUGGAACUCAUGUUGAAUACUAGAGCUGGCCCAAGAAAUCGAGACGAGUUGUUGGGCCGUCUACCAGAUCGUAAGGUAGCAGACAGACUCAUCUCACGCUAUUUUGCCUCGAUGAGCCCCUCACAACAUAUUCUUCAUCGACCGACUUUCACUAGACAGUAUGCGAAGUUCUGGCAAGAUCCCGAGGGAACUUCUCUGCACUGGAUAGCUCAGUUGUUCAUGAUGCUCAGUCUCGGUGUUUUCUUUAGCAAAUUCAUCAACUCAAGUGAGCUUGAGGGUGACUCCCCCCUGCCAGCUCUGGACAGAGUUCGCCAUUACAAAGCCUGUGCUGGAUGGGCCUUGGUCUGGGGCAAAUACACACAGCCUUCAUCGGCAACUCUACCAGCUUUCCUGUUUUACGUUGAGUCGCACUUUCUAUUCAACCGCGCAGCUCAGAUGAAUUGCUACGUGCUCUCUGGUGUGUGUAUGCGCUUGAUGCUCAAGAUGGGCCUUCAUAGAGAUCCAAGCAAGCUGGCCAACAUUUCGCCCUUUGAAGGCGAGAUGAGACGGCGCAUGUGGAAUAUGGCUAUUCAAGUCGAGUUUCUGGUUUCCUUCCAUAUGGGACUUCCUAGUAUGCUCCAGGGAAUCGAAACAGACACUGCAGUGCCACGAAACUUGCAGGAUGAAGACUUUGAUGAAAACUCAACAGAACUGCCUGCGGGUAGGCCCUCGACAGAUUGGACGUCUGUGACAUACCCUAUUCACAAGACACAGAUUCUACGAGUAUUUGGUCGAAUCGCACAACAAGCUCAUGCCCUAACACCGCCGAGCUAUGUCGAAGUCAUGAAGCUUGACAAUCUACUGCAGCAAACCUGGCAACAGGUUCCAUCUUUCAUGAUGGUACGUCCACUUGACGAGUGUGUUGGAGACCCGCCAGUAUUGCUCAUUCAAAGGUUCGGACUGACUGCCGUCUACAAUAAAUGUCGCUGUGUCCUGCACCGGCGAUAUCUCGCAGAGACAGUACCGCAACGAGAACAUGACUACUCCCGCAGGCAAUGUCUGGAAGGAGCAUUGUCUUUACUGAACUAUCAACAUAUAAUCUGGGAAGCUUCUAAACCAGGCCAUGUUCUAAGCCAACACGCCUGGUUUGUCUCAUCCCUCUCGGUUCAUGAUUUCCUACUGGCUGCUAUGGUUAUCUAUCUUGUGAUCAAGAACGAAAGCUGUUCAGAUAUCGGAAGUGACUACUCAGCACCCACUAAGGAUGAACUCAUUGACAUGUUGAAGCGAUCUCAUUUCAUCUGGUCUGAUGUCUCACAAAACGUGAUCGAGGUCAAAAAGACAGCAGACACGUUAGCGACGAUGUUGACCAAGCUCGGUGUUCCAGUUGACCAAUCGACAAACACUCAUAAACAAGCGAGGCCUAUAUUCGGUAUUGAGAACGAAUCCUCGUCACUAGGCGCUCCCUCGGUAGAUCCCAGCACAAUGGGGUCUAUCGGAGCGGACCCAGGACUUUUAUCAACUCUGGGCCUGAGCACUUCGACGGGAUCUACAUCAGAGCAGACACCCCUGGAUCUGGGUCUGACAGGAGAUGCAGGAACUAGCAUGAGUUUUCCGAGUAUGGGGACGGAGGGGCUCGACUUCGAUCCGGCUUGGAUGGAUACUGCAGCUAGCAACAUGGAUUGGCGCUAUCUGGACAUAUCACUUGCUCACAGUCACGAUGCUGGACGGAACGAGGAUACCGGCCAGACAUGGAUAGAGAGGGCGCCGCCUUUGGAGGAGAUGGACAUCAUGGGAUCAGGAAAUUGGAUUCCCAGCCACCCCGGGUCCAGCUGA